AUGUACAUCCUCCCAGGCUGGGUACCUUUACCGCACCAAAGGUAUCCGCACCUCAGCCAAACGUGGAAUGAGACUCUGAUCUCUGCUUCCCUUUUUUUGUGCUCCUUGCUUUUUCCAAAGGCACAUGGCCUUAACGACCCGCGAUCUUCGCAUACAACGUGCCUUCCUUCUGCUUCGCGCAGCAUGAUCCCAUACAUACGAGGCAAGAUGCGCUGCGUGUCUACUGAUGUUUUUCCUAAUCUCAGGCAGCCAUUACCAGCGCCAGCAUCAGCUACGCUUGCGUAUCUGCAUGUUCUAUUGUCUGCGUGUCUAAGUUUGCAGAAAAAGACCAGUCAAGGAUUCAGGACGGGACGUUACUUCGGGACCCCAAGGAGACGCAUCUCGGAUCGACAACCACGGCUUAGAAGGGAACGAAGUCGUGUUAUGCAACAGAGUGAGAAAACCAAACGGCACGACAAAGGCGGGCGGGUCGCAGAGCGGAGGAAAAAGGAAGUGGUCGAGGCGGAGAGAAGAGAACAUCUUGGCCCGCAAGGCGGCUUGCUAGGUUGCCAGAGCGGAAAAAGCAACGUUGUCAGUCUCGGUCAACCCUACAUCAUUCCUCGCGCAUCACGCCCACCGCCAAUCUCACCCUUGGACGUAUGCUUCCUUUUUCCGCUCAUCGAUUUCCUUUUCGCCAGCAGCAUUCUCCCACCACCGCCUCAGACUAGGUAUGCCACCCACAUCUCACCUGCCGACCACUGGGCGAAACCAAAGUCGAUGGGUAUCCAUACCGCUGUGGUCGGAGCCAUUUCUUCAUGCCCAAGUCUUGAGUCUCUUGACCGAUUCUUAUCGGCCCGCACCCCUCAAGAACACAGACAAGACAGCCUGCCAGGACUGAGACAUGCCGACCUUGACUGCCCAUCAAUCAAGCCAUCAGGCCCCAUUUGGAGCACAACCUACCUGCAAAGCUCAGAGUCCAAUGCGACAGCUGAUACAAACGCACCUGUUGCAGCAGCCGCCUGCUCCAGCCUCCAGCAUCGUCUACCCGCUGUGCCCGCUGUGCCCGCUUCGCCGCGCACAACGUACAGCAUGACCUCGAUGCAAGCAUUGGUACAUGCAGCCCGCAGUUUCCAGUCAAUUGGGACGGGAAGGACGGGACACCACAUCGUGGCACGCUUCUGUCCUCUGAGGAUACGGAUACGUUACGCAACAAAGCUUGGGGCUCCGCUCGUGCUCGCGCCGCCUCUCCGACUUGGAAGUCGUCUCGCCUUUACGCGAAGUGAUCACCGUGGGAAAUGCGGUCUUACGAUUCGUCCGGCAAGCGGGCUGCUCCUCGCAAUCAACCCGGCCUUCGGGUUUCUUGGGAGCAACCCCUGCUAUCCUCCCCCACUCAACCCGGGAUCCCAGGAGUACCCGUACCCAGCAACCCAGACGACAGGUCCAGCGCCGCCAGCAAGAGAUGAUACCGCCGGGGGUGAGGAAACUUCCAGAGCGCUGGUCGGCAGGUCUUUUACAUUGUCGUCACCUCCGCGUGCGCGGGGCUUUCCACCCGACCGGACUGCAAGUUGCUGCCCAGCGAUUAACAGUCGAGCCAGGAGAGAAACCGCUGGCUGUUAUUGGGCAAAAGGCAGAUUCGGCCUGCCGACCACGCAGGCUGCACCCAAAACACCCGAGAAUUGCCUCGUUGCCUCUCUCACCGUCUCGCCAACUAUCCGUACUCCGUACACAAUACACCGCACCAUCCCUGAAGUGGUAGAGAAGCUCCAAAGGAUCCACAGAAGUCUUCGAAGCAUCAGCAUGGAGACGAAAUGGUGGCCACCAGGAUCCCUCCCCGGCAAGACCGAAGAUGAUUCUGAAACCGACGACCAGGAGUCAAGGUUCUAUGAUCAGCCUUUCAAGCAGGGACUCAUCCUGACCUGGCUUCAACUAGCGAGCCCCGUUCCUGACGUUGACAGGCUCGGUCAAGGGAGAACUGGGAGCACAUCCCCAGCCAUUCGGCUGCUCCCCUUUGAUGGGUCGCCAAGCGCCGCGUGGCGAAGGGCUAGGAGACUUUCCACUACCCCUGAGAUCCGGUCAUCCGGGUCUAGAGAACAUUGCUGCUUUUCGCUCCAGACCAGCGAGUGCAGUGCCAACUCUAAGGAUGUGUUAUGGCGCACCGGACCCCGGAAAAUUUGUUGUCUACGGAGUAUUGUCUUCACUUACAAGUGGGACAUGAUGCUAUCCGUUGAGAUCACGAUCCUAACCGGGCUGUCGCAUCUCAUAGGACCCCGGGUACAAGACACAAUUGUCCAGUAUUGA